AGAAUUUGAAGUUUGAAGAGGUUAGAGAGGUUAUAACUCAUGUUAUCAUUAAUUUUAGUGUUUUGGACGGUUUUUUUUAUAUCUAAAUAUUAGAUAAACGUUGAAAAAACCUCAUUAGUGUAUACAACAAGAAAUAUAUUAACUGCAUAUUAAUUGUAAUAUAUUCUGUGUUUGUGUUCUGAUAUCCAAAAUAAGUAACCAAGCUGUCUUAGGACAAUUAUAAACGCUUAAAUAAACUUCAGUCAGAAUGGGCCCUGUAAAGAAAGAGAAGAAACGCUCCAAUAAUUCCUUAAACCCUAAUCGUAACAAAGACGAGCUAAAAAAUGUUGCAAAACCAAGAUCAAGAUCUACAAUCGAAAGGCUUCAAAUGUACAGAAAAUUUAAAGCAAAAAGAGACAGAUCUGGAAAAAUAAUAAAAGCAGCACCAUUUCAGGAUAGAUUACCAUCAGGGUCAAGGGCUAGAAUAGAGCCAAAUCAAAAAUGGUUUGGGAGUUCUCGAGUUAUAACACAAAAUAGUUUACAACAGUUCCAAGAGAAGAUAGGAGCUGCUCUAAAAAAUCCCUAUCAAGUUAUUAUGAAACCUUCGAAUCUUCCAUGCACUCUAUUAAAUGAGAAAGCAAAGUAUCAGAGGUCCCACAUCUUAGACAACGAAAGUUUUGAGAGUGUAUUUGGUCCUAAAGUAUCCAGAAAGAGACCCAACUUGAAAGUGAGUAAUGGUAUUGAAGAUUUAAUCCAAGCUGCAGAAGAGAGGCAGGAAGCUUACAAUAAAGAAAAAGCCCAAUCACAAGAAGACGACGACAUGAGAACUUUACCACGUGACUGGGUAAUGGGUGCUGGUAUGUCAAGACGUAUUUGGAAUGAACUGUACAAAGUCUUGGACAGUUCCGAUGUCGUUCUACAAAUUCUAGAUGCAAGAGAUCCACAGGGUACAAGGUCUGCAUAUGUUGAAAAGUAUCUUAAGACAGAGAAGCCUCAUAAACAUCUAAUUUUUAUAAUGAAUAAGGUUGACUUAGUACCUACAUGGGUCACAAGGAGAUGGGUGGCACUUUUAAGCAGAGAAUACCCUACAGUGGCAUUCCAUGCCAGCUUAACACAUCCGUUUGGGAAGUCAGCUUUAAUAAAUUUACUGCGACAAUUUGCUAAACUCCACAUGGAUAAGAAACAGAUUUCAGUAGGAUUUAUUGGUUAUCCAAAUGUUGGAAAAUCCUCCAUUAUUAACACAUUACGUAGUAAAAAAGUGUGUAAUGUAGCUCCCAUUGCCGGAGAGACAAAAGUGUGGCAAUACAUCACUUUGAUGAGACGCAUUUAUUUGAUUGAUUGCCCCGGGGUGGUUUAUCCUUCGGGAGAAACUGACACCGAGAAAGUGUUAAAGGGAGUAGUAAGGGUGGAACUGAUAACCAAUCCAGAGGACUACAUUGGUGCGGUUCUUUCCCGUGUUAAAAAAGAAUAUAUCAUUAAAACAUAUAAAAUUUCGGACUGGAACGGCGAUCCGAUGCAGUUUUUGGAAAAAUAUGCUUGCAAAUCGGGUAAACUGUUGAAGAAAGGGGAACCCGAUAUAGCUACCGUAGCCAAGAUGGUGCUAAACGACUGGCAAAGAGGAAAAUUGCCAUUCUACACAUGCCCUCCUGGGGAAGAGCCAGAAAAUAAUGAAAUGGAAAAAAUUGAAGAAAGUAAAGAAAUACAAAAGUUUGAUGACAUUAAAGUUAGUCUUGAAUUUUAAAUGAAUAAACUGUUGUGUUUUCUA